UUUCGUUUCGUAGCAAGAAUUUCCGUAGUGGACGCAUUGCGAAGACGUAUCGGAAUAUAUCUGAGAAGUUACAUGGUGGCAGCGGUGUUAACGCAGGUUUAGCAUUCUGUGGAAUAAUUGGUCAUAUCGUUAGAAGGCAAUUCAUGGUUUUUGGUCACUGUGUCGACAUGGCUGUUCUUUGAUGAUGAUUUCGUACGACAGGAUAUUUUGCGACUACAACGUUGUUUUAAAAAGUACUUUGAAAAAAGAGAGAUUUCGCCGCCAAGGUAUAAGGACGUUGAGAAAAAUUGGAAAAUACCAAAUUUAUGAGAUCUUAGAUGAGCCGUUAACAACCGAGGUAUUGACGAGCUUGGAAUAUAAAUAUCCUCUUCUCGGUCGGUACAACGAGAUAGAAUUCUUUAAAGAUCUUUUAGACGAGAUAGGACUAUCCGAACGACCUUAUUCCGGGCUGGUUAUCGAGGGUAAUGAAAGAUCUGGUAAAUCGAGGAUCCUUGAUGCUUAUUCCACGAUUGUUAAAAGCAGACAAAUAAAAUUGAUUCAACUUCCUUUGCAUCCAUCUUUCGCGGAGAAAUCUUAUUCUGUGCUGUAUCAUAUACUUCUUCAGAUGUUCGAUGCUGAAACUUGUAUUACUAUAAACGAUCGUGAAAAAGUUUUAAUAAAAUAUCUGUCCGAAAUAGUGGAACCUGAAGAUUUAUGUUACCUGAACUAUGUUAUGAGGGUACAAUUUCCUCAAACAAGUACUUUUCGUGAAGAGACCGAUUGGCAACGUUACAAAAAGAUGAUCGAUAUCUUUGAGAAAAUAAUAAACGAGAUUGUUGGUUAUGUGUGCAUCCUUUUAGAUGAUGUGCAGUAUAUGGAUCUGUUUUCCUGGCAAUUUUUAUCCUCUAUUUUGAGUAAUAAACACAUAGUUGUAGCUAUGACGAUGCUGGAACCCGUUUCGUGGGAUGUUUUAACCCAAAUCGAAACCGGGAUUAGCCAAGAGAAAAGGUUAAAGAUUAAGUCGUUGAAUUCUUUAAACGGUGAAUAUUUGACAGCAUUUGCCUGCCAAUUUUUAAACGUUAUCGGAAUUCCUGAAACCCUGGAAAGAAUCCUUAGCCAACAUAGUAAAAAUGGGAUUGGUUGGUGCGAAGCGUUCUUAAUAUCAAUUUUGCAAGUAAAAGCGUUAGAAAUUAUCUCGAUAUCUCCAAAGGAAGUAAAAAAAUAUAAUCUCGUUUUCCCAAAUCCAUCGUACUUAUCAAAAAUUCCCGUGUAUUUAACGCCCGAGGAAUUGGCACCACCGUUACAAUGGAUGCAAAUGACCACGUUGAACGUGUGCGUGCCGUCAAGAAAAUCGAAAAGUAUCGUCGAAGUUAACCGAGAUGUUAUAGGCUUGAGAAUCGAUAUAUAUAACAGAAUGAACUCGUAUGAGCAAGAUUUUAUCAAGUGUGCCGCAGCAUUGGGUAAUAUUUUUCAUCGCAGUGUGUUAAGUAACGUGAUAAGUAAUUCUACACCUCUAUACACGUCGAAAGCCGUGGCAGAAAUGAUAAGGUUAAGGAUCUUGGAGUGUGCCAUGAUCCAAAGGAAAUAUUUUACGAGUAUGACGGUAUAUCACGCGUUUAAAAAGCGUAAAACUUUCAGCAACAUGCACCAUUUGGUGUAUUGCAAUUGUAUUCGGAUCCGUUAGUUGUCUCGAAACGCGGCAUAAUUUUUAAUCGACGUGAAUUUUGAGAAUACUAUUUUUUCAUUACAGGGCCAAUAAUAAAAGAAACGUUGCCGAUGUAUGCCGACUGCAGGAUGUUAGAAUUUACGAUACCUUCUUAUCGUAAAUUUUUUUAUGAUAUUCUCUCUUUACAGGAGAAAAACGAAUAUCAUAUAAAAGCUAUAAACAUUCUUGAACAAAAUGCUAAAAAAUGUAGCAGUUGUGGAAGAAGUCCAUUUUUAAUGCCAUUGAUAGAGAAAGAAGAGAAAUUAGAAGAAAAUAUGUAUAAAAACUAUGUGCAUAAAAUUCCGGAAAGAUUUGAACGUAGACGAAGUAUCUUCGUAACGAAGGAAACUGACAUCCGUAAAGAGAAACAGGAUCGCUUAACUUCCAUUCUACCGACGAUAUUUACCGACGAUAACAGUAAAGAUAAAAUUAUUCAAUCUUGAUAUAAUAAAUCAGAAAUCUCUUCUUCAUGUGUAUUUAAAUACACGUAUUAGAUGUAUAG